AUGUCAUACUGGGGAUAUCGUAAUCCUACAAACAAUGCCAGCCUACCUUACAUCAACACUCCAAGGCUCGCCGAGAAUGAUGGCAGAAAAUCUUCAUUCGAUCAUUUCAAAAAUGAUCCUCUGUAUUCCAAAGAGGCAUUGGUUGAACAAACUCAGAAAAUAAUGAUUUUGAAUAAAUUUAAAUCUUUCAAGAGAUUUGAUGCUACUGCCACGAAAUACAGCAGAACGGAUUACUCCAUAUCUCAGGUAAGAGACCUCCAGAUGCAACUAGACCAGAAAGAAGAGCGAAUUCAGAGGUUGCAGCAAACAGUUGAGGCCUACAAAGAAUCGGAAGAGCAAAAUUUGUUGACGGUACAACAGCUAAAAAGACAACUCAUGAUGCUAGAAACUUCCACCGGAAAUGCUUUAACCGGAAGUGUCCAGGCCGGUAAUAACAGUGUCGUCAUUAUUAAUAAUCUUCAGAGAGAGGUGAAAGAGGGAAUGCAGAGAAUUAUGGAGUUGGAAUCUAGAUUGAGGACGCACAUGGAAGAGAGAGAGAGGGCGGAACAAGAGAGAGAGACAGCAGAACAACAAUUAAAACAACUGACCAACAGUCUCACUAACUCUCUUCUCUUGUUGGAUGUGGCCGGGGGCGGGGCUUUAUCUAUGACCACAGAGAAUAUUAUCGAGAAGGUUAACGAAACAAUGCAAGAAAAUACAAUCCUCAAAGGCAAACUGACAAACAUGAAAAGUUUGCUGACCGGACUUGAAAAUGAGCGCGAAGUUGACAGGCAGACGAUAAUGAGGCUGACCAAUGAUAUCGAGAGGGGUCAUCAUUCCAUUUCUAAAAAUAACCUGGAGUUUGAAAAUAUCCGAGUGGAACGAGAUACAGCCAUAACAAAGCAGGAAGAAUUAAAGAGAGAAGUGGAUGUGUUAAGAGAGAGGCUGGAUGUCAAUCAAAAAUCCUGGACGCAGAUGAAGAGAGAUAUGGAGGAGUUGAGAGAGAGGAACAGUUUAUUGGAGGCCGAUAAGUUGAGAAGCAGUGUGCACUAUAACACCGAUGGAAUAAGAUUUACAAAGUUUCGCGAAAACCUGGCUUCCAUAUUAACUGAUGCUGAUAUCAAUGUUGACCCUUACGAGGAAUCCAUUCUAGAACGUAUAAAGAACAUUCAAACGAUUCUUAAUGAAAAAAAUUUACGUAUCGACAUGUUGGAGCGAAAACUAACAACCCUGGCAAACGAACUAGACCAGCAGUAUCAGCAGUCGAAAUUGGAGAGGAACAAAACGAAGCAUACGCUCUGCGAGGUUGAAGACCUACAAGACCAAUUGAAGAGAAUUCAAACGAAGGAGUGUGGAAGCUCCCAUCGACCCUGCACUAAAUCCGACCCUGAUAUGAACCAUAUAUACUAA